CCGCUACAAAUCAAGAGGUCCCGUCGCACCGGCUCCACACCACAGACGUCCCGGGACGCUUCACAUCUGCCUCAGACAGUGAGACGUAGACAUAACGAAGAGAAGAGAUGGCUGUGGUUAGUGGAACCUACCGCAUGGUGUCGGAGGAGGAGCAGGCCCUGCGCUCCAAGCUGGAGCGUCUGACCGUGAAGGACCACGGCCCGGUGUUCGGGCCCUGCGCCAGCCUGCCGGACCACACCAAGCAGAAGGCCAAGGACGAGCUGAACGAGACGGAUGAGAAGAAGGUGUCGGCCGUGAAGGAGCUGAGGGGAAUCAUCAAGGAGAAGGCGGAGGCCGGGGACGAUCUGGCCAAAGGGGUGCUGGACACGUUUGGGGAGAAACCAGACGGCCUGCUGGUCCGCUUCAUCCGCGCCAGGAAGUACGACGUGCCCAGAGCCUUCGAGCUGAUGAAGGGCUACGUGCGCUUCAGGAAGGAUUACCCCGAGCUCUUUGAGAAUCUGACCCCGGAGGCCGUCCGCAGCACCAUCGAGGCCGGCUACCCCGGCAUCCUGCCCAGCAGGGACAAGUACGGCCGUGUGGUUCUGCUCUUCAACAUCGAGAACUGGGACUACGAGGAGAUCACCUUCGACGAGAUCCUGCGCGCGUACUGCGUGAUCCUGGAGAAGCUGCUGGAGAACGAGGAGACUCAGAUCAACGGCUUCUGCAUCAUCGAGAACUUCAAGGGCUUCACCAUGCAGCAGGCGUCGGGAAUCAAACCCACGGAGCUCAAGAAGAUGGUGGACAUGUUGCAGGAUUCCUUCCCUGCUCGUUUCAAAGCCGUGCACUUCAUCCACCAGCCCUGGUACUUCACCACCACCUACAACGUGGUCAAACCGCUCAUGAAGGGCAAGCUGCUGGAGAGAGUGUUCGUGCACGGAGACGAGCUGGAGAACUACUACAAGGAGUUUGACGCCGACAUCCUCCCCUCCGAGUUCGACGGAAAGGGCUCAAAGUACGACGGCAAGGCCACGGCGGCCAAGCUGUUCGACUGAAGGAAGCGGCCGCCCUGAAGGGUCAUUGCAUAACUACCAACCCCACAGACUGUGGAGAUCCAAAAAAAAAGCCCCUCAAUGAAAGUGCAUGUUGUGUUCAAGAGGUCCGAACAAAGCGCAGGCCGACAUUCUGCUUUCCCAGUUUCUCUUCUCAUUUUCUCAUUUUAUUUUUUUAAUAGUUAAAGCUUCGAAAGGGUUCAUUUUCAAAAUCAUAAUCCUGAUGUGUAGUCAAUGUGCAACGAACGCUGAAGCACCAGCUGGACGCUUUGACCGGUCUUUAAAUGUCCACACGUUGAGAAAAAGUCUUCUGUGUCUCGCCUGCUCGGUUUGGGCUUUGUUUGGACCGGAGUUCACCCACACAGCUGGUUUCCACACUGGCAGUGACCCCCCCCCUCCUUAAAGUACAAGGCUGACGUUCCAACAAGUGCCUGUCUUGUGUUUUUAAGAUUGUUUCUUCAAUAUGAACAUCAUUGUUCCACCUGGCACCCCCCCCAAAAAAAAAAAAAAGUGCAAUAAACUGUAUAUAAAUCUAAGCUGUGACCUUUGAAUCAAUUUGCAAUGUUAGCAGCUUAAAGGCACCAUCGUAGUUUAGUGUGUGAACACGUGCUAAUAUUCAGUAAUUAGUACCAAACUUAAGGUCGUUCCUAGUUGUAAAAAUGUUUACCUGCGUUAAAGUUUAGAGAGAAAUGGUCCCCUUGUCACCUUCAUCUGAAGACACGUCUCUUUAAACCCUCCUCGGCGG